AAUGCCAAGAAGAAAACAAGAACAGCCCAAACGAUGUAAAUCCCGACUUUACUGGCAGAUUGGAGCAGAACACAUCCCUGACACUGUUAAUGGGGAGCUACAAGGACAACGUGCCUUUGAAAAUGAAUGUAAAUGGACAAUUCAUUAAAACAAACGAAGAAAAUGGGUGCGAUAGUGGUGAAAAUGAGGGCAUUGGAGAGGACAAAGACAAUGGUAUGAACGAUGACAACAGCUUAGAGGAGGCAGGAGGUCUGGAUACUGAGGAUGUUGAUCAGGAGGUAGUGGAGCAGGUGAGAGAGGACUUUCCACUUGAGGAGGAGAAAGAAGGGAGUGAGGGACAGGAGUCAAACUCUGAUGUGGACAGGUCCCCUAUGUCCUUGGACACCAUGCCACAUCACAUGGAUGACACUGUGUCUCCUAUCAAGGAGGAAAGCCAGAAGUCUGGCGUGAAAAAGGAUGGGGAUGAGGACACAAAGACUUCAUCCUCUUCCCCAUCAAGGCCUGAGACACCUCCACUACAACGCCUCAUGAGGCAGGACCCUCUGCCACUGUUUCUUCAAAAGAAACAACACACCCCACCAAAGAAACUUUUUAAAGAUGGAUUUUUUCCAAACAAGUUUCCAAUACCUCCAAUGACUCUAUCUGCAAUGUCGGUUAUAAAAAAUGCACCGACACAUCCAAAGCAGACAAUGACCAAGGCCAAAAUGUACUCGAAUAAACUACCAAACACAUUUUCUACCCCAUAUACUCCUUCUUCAGCAGCUGCAGAUAAAUCACCCUCCUCCAUCCACCACCCCCACCACGUGUCCACCUCCCCCUCUGCGAGGAAACAUCUGGAGGAACAGCCUCUAGACUUGUCCAAGAAGGCAAGUGACAAAAGUGGUGGCAAGUCUCAGUACAAAAGUUCUAACGGACACUAUCAUUCUGGAAGGAAUCAAUCUUCCGGAGGUCACCACUCUCCGUCAACUGGAGGACGUGAUAUUCCAUCAACACUGCAGAGUCUCCAGCAACGCUUCGGGGGAAAUCUGCACAUGCGGUCCGUGAGGAAGCCCAUCAGUGGGCUUUUGCCAAUGGUAUCUGACAUAUCUAAAUCUCACAGUCCUAUGCAUUUAAACUGUAGUAGUCAGUUAAAGAAUUCCAAUAUUGUCAAGAAAUCUCAUGUUGGCAGUGUAGUUAAGCCAUCACAAGUUCAUAGUCCUAAUCAUUCCUCAAGGUUAGAGAAAAACAUGGAGAAAUCAAAAUGUUCCUCUACAAAUUCAGAAAAGGACUCUUCACCUUCACUUCAUGAUACAGAUAUGAAUUCCAAUAUAAAGGUGAAGGGGAAUGAAUCUGAUACUGCUGAUGAAGACUGUAAAUAUACAAUGCAUAAAUGCACUUGUUUAAAAACUUACAACACGUUGUAUGGUUUGAGUAUACAUUUACAGGAAUCGGGACACACACCUGCCAGUACCAAGCAGGCAGCCAUCAUGGAGUACCCCAAACUGGUGCGAGGACAGGACAUGUGGCUGAACCAGGAGUCUGAACACACCAAGAGGAUUCUACGCUGUAUGCAGUGUGGAGAGUCCUUCAAGUCCCUGCCAAUGCUAACUGUCCACAUGAUGCAGACACAACAUUACACGAAAAUAGUCAGUUCCGAGCAUGGCCGACGGUCACACAAGUGUUCGGCAUACUGUGACCGUGAGCUGGACCGCGAGUGUAUAUUUAAGUGUAAGGUAUGUAAUAGUACAUUUAGUGACAUGGAAGGACUGGCGAAUCACAUGAUCAUGUCGGGACAUCACAAGAAAAACAUUCUUCGGUCCCACAAUUAUCUCAAUGACCUUGCUUUCCGUGGUCGACGGAAGCGAUAUUACAGUGAUGAGGAGAGUUUUGAAGGUCUAGGAAAUCCUAAUGUUGCAUCAUUUCUGAACUACAAACGUAAAUGUCUAAGUCAAUCAGUGACUCCUCCAAUGAACGGCCACCGCCACUUUGCUGACAGCCCAAACUGUGAUCCUCCGGAGGACAGUUCGAUAAGCUGUGAGAACUGUGGCGACCGAAUAGAGACUCAGUUCUUUGUUGAACAUGUGAGGCUCUGUCUUCGCACAAAGCAUGCUGAUUUUGAAAGAGCAAGGAUGAGUGUAUUCAAGGAUGAAAUAAGUUCUGUUAAAUCUGAGAAAUCCCAUGAUUCCCAGGACUUAGAUGAUGUAGAUGAAGAUGCUGCAUCAAUGUUUGAUAAGCCAGAGGAUUCUGAUGAGGAUAUGGACACUAAGCCAGAUGUUAAGGAACUUGAUUUGUCUCUCAGCAAACAGAAAGUGCUGAAUACCUCUGAAAAAUCCAAAGAAACAGAAAGUAGUACAAGUUGUGAAAAUGGUAAAGAGUUGCACAACGAAAAACGGACAAAAGAGGAAAAUGGUGUUGACGGACAACAGGAAAGCAGAAAAUGCUUAAUUCCAAAGGAACAGCCGGGUGAAGAUAUGUCUGUACCAUCACCUGGAAUGUGCAAAGAGGAGGUCAAGGCUGUUAGCAAUGAAAUGGAGGGUCCGUCCCCUCAUCCCAAGUCCCCACAUUCAAGAGAAGACAAAUUGGCGGAAUCUCCAAGAAACAGUCCAGUGAAAAAAACAGAGGAGACUGGAAGGUCCUCAGAGGAAAACAAGGAUCUGAAGAGUUUACAUGUGAAAGUGAAAAAGGAGAAGAGGUUGGAAUGUGACAUAUCAGAAAGUUCUAGGGUUCGGAGGAGCACCGAUUCAGCCAAGAAUCUUGAUAUCAUUGAUCCAGGCAGGGGUGUAGAGGACAUGGAAGAUAAUUCUGCCCUCAAGGCAAUGGAAUCCUUCAUUCAGAAAAGCUUCUCAUCAAAGUUUGACUAUCACAGAGGAAACAUGGUGUUCAAUACCGGUGAGAAAACCCUCCUGAAGCCAUCUGUUUACCGUGACGACCGGGAACAUAAACAUGGAGCACUGUACCGUUUUGAGAAAUACAGAAAAUACUUUCAACAAGAUGAACCUCGCAGCAACGGAUCUGUGAAAAAAUCUUCAAGUGAGGUACAGGACACGCUGAAUGUAUGUCUUCACCCACCCUCCACGUUGUCUAGUUCAAAGGAUGAUCUAAAAAAGUUGGAAAAAAUGUGUGAAAGUGUUCGUAAGCCAGUGAGUCCCUCCAUGGACAAUGAGGAAUCACAGAGCACUGGCAAUUCUGAAAACGGUGAAACUUUGGCUAGUAAAUAUCUGAACUGUGAAGAGGAGGAGGUGAGGCAACCCAAAAACUCGCAGUCUGGGUCCUCAGCUCUCGACUCACUGAGCAGCUUUGUGUACGGGCAACCUCUCAACAGUGAACAUCCCCUCGACAGUUUGCAGAAACUCAUCACUAAGACUGACCUACCAAAGUUACUGGCUUCGUCUCAGUCUAUCAAAUAUCUACGUCAGGCUGAGUCACCUGACUCAGGGCUGCCUCUGAAUCUGUCCCUUAAAAAGGGCCAGGAUGAUGACACAAGUGACAUUGUAGAGAGGGAUGGGUUUUCGGACCAUGAGGGUAGUCAGCACAGUGGUAGCGAAAGUGACGGUACUGCAGAGUAUAGGUGUGCUGCAUGUAGCAGACAUUUUGCAUCCAAAGGAUCGUAUCGCUACCACCUAAGUAGGUGUCACCUAUCCUCAGUAAAACGAUACGGCAUCAAAGAGGCGUUCAAUAUGAGCCCAUAUGUCUACCUCCCGCUUGAUCACACUGCUAAGUUUUCAAAGUACUAUGAAAUGGCACAUGAAUUAGCUAGCAAGGGGAAAUAACCUUUAUCUACAAAAUUUAAAUUCUAUCUUUAAAACCAUUCUCCUUAUCGUCACUAUACCACUGCCCAAAGAUUUUAUGUUUUCAGUUGUACUUGUCAAUAACUUCCUUUGAUAUAU